AUGGCGGAUUCGGAGAGGCGCUUCAACCGGGCGCUCUACCGCUCCGUGUGGUCCAAGAUCUUCAAGAUCCGCCCGAAGCUCGUGCUCUGCCGCCGAGAUCGCCUCCGACUGCGGGCCCCAGGCCGGUGCGAGCGACACCGGCGGCGGCGGCGGCUGCUGCAGGCCCAGGCGGCCCACGAGGGCUGCCGGGAGCGAUGCGGCGCGGGCGUGCGGGGCGGCGCGGGCGUGCGGGACGGCGCGGCCGGGGAGAAGCCCGAGGCCGGCGCGGCCGGGGAGAAGCCCGAGGCCGAGGCGGCCCGGAGGCCGCAGGCCGCGUCCCCCAGCCCGGCGCGCGACGCGUACCACGCCCGGCCCUUGAGCGUCCGGGAGAAGCGCCGGGCCCCGCAGGUGCGGCAGCUGGGCCCGGGCUGCACGCUGCUGCUGCUGCCCGUGGAGGAUGAGUUUACUUUCGGUGGCACGUGUCGCCUGACUUGCCUCUAUGGCGAGGUGGAGGUGUUUGGUUAUGCCAUCCGGCAAGGCCAGCCUCCCCAAGACCUCUUCUCUACCUUCACACACGCUUUCCUGAAUAUCACUGCGGUUCGUUACUCCAUGCCUCAGAAAACCAAGAAAGAGACGAAAAAGGAAUUCCGAGCUUUGGUCAGAUCUCGUCUUAACCUAGAGGACAGAUCUUGGUCGAUAAAGAAUUUUUCUCCUCUGUGUUCCCUUGUGAUGCUAGAACAGCUGAAAAACUCCACUGUAAACUUCAUUACCAGCUUUCCAGGUUUAUCUUGCGUUUUCAUGCAAGAGAGUGGUCCACUCCAGAUCAACUCUGAAUCUUUAGCUUUGAGAUCUGUUGGCAUCAGAAAGGAGAAGAAGAAAAGAAGCCUUACCUUAACUGAGAGCGUCCAUUCGGCACUGCGGGAGCUGGUCAGUGUGGCUGAGGAAGAAAUGGACGACUGUCUGGUCGUCCUGGUUUGCGGUGCUCAGGAUGUUGGAAAGUCAACAUUCAAUAAGUUCCUGAUUAACCAGCUGUUAAAUCGUAUUCCCUGUGUUGACUACUUAGAAUGUGAUCUGGGGCAGACAGAGUUCACGCCUCCUGGUUGCAUUUCUUUACUGAAUAUUACAGAACCGGUUCUGGGUCCUCCCUUUACUCACCAGAGGACCCCACAGAAGAUGGUCUAUUUCGGGAAACCUUCUUGUAGAAACAGCUGUGAGAACUACAUUGAGAUAAUAAAAUAUGUGUUCAGCGCUUACAAGAGAGAGUCACCACUGAUCAUCAACACGAUGGGCUGGGUGGUAGACGAUGGGCUGCUUCUGCUGAUUGACCUCAUCCGGCUGCUGGCUCCCAGCUAUGUGGUUCAGUUCACUACGGCCCAUACCAGAAACAUGCCAGUCCUCACACCUGAAUUCGUGGAAGGCACGGAUGGCUUGUACACAAAAAGCAAGUCCAGGCACAGAAAUCGGUGUUUCGAAUUCCCGGACUUGGGAGAUAAUUUGGAAUUUACUGAUGAAGAGAAAGACGGUCCUGUUUUCUUGAAUGGACAUAAACUACUAUACGUUCAGUCAGAGUUUAUAUUUUGUAAAACUUUAAGAAAUAGAGAAUCACAUAACAGAGUUCUUCGAGGCUUGGCUGUGUUGGGUUACCUCAGCUUGCUGAUGCCUUCGGUGCCAAAACCACCAAGCUUCCUGCCCAGUCUGACACCCUAUCAGGUCCCUUUUAAUUCGGUUGCUAUCCGGAUUACCCACUCUGAUGUGCCCCCCACCCACAUCCUGUAUGCCGUGAAUGCCAGCUGGGUUGGCCUCUGCAGGAUCAUGGAUGACAUCCGAGGGUACACCAGGGGCCCCAUCCUGCUGGCCCAGACUCCCAUUUGUGACUGUGUGGGGUUCGGGAUCUGUAGAGGUGUUGACAUGGAGAAGCGGGUGUACCACAUCCUCACCCCCGUGCCCCCGGAAGAGUUAAAGACGGUGAAUUGUCUGCUCAUUGGCUCCGUCAACAUUCCACCUUGCAUCUUCUGUGCCCAGCGGGGGCUGGAGGGAACCAUCCCCUACAUCACAACCGAUUACAAUUUCAACCUUCCUGGCGCCUCAGAGAAAAUUGGAUUAAGAACGUUUACGGAAGCAGAGGGGUUUCAGAUCGAUCCCACAUUUUGCCGGAAAACAAAAUGAAGUUCCGACAAGGGGAAGGACUUUCUCCAGAAAGCGCCCCUCCCAGCCUCACUGAGCCAGAGCGCUCGGAUUCAUGGACUCUCUUAUGGACAGGGAUUAUGUAACAUUAAUCUUUUCUACUUUUCUCCCUUAGUUCAGAUGUGGUAUAAACCUGGUCCUGGUCUUUUGUAUGUUUAAUUAUGUGUGUUGUCUGGAAUGGUUUCUAAAGAAAUCGCAAGGCAUGUGGAAGAUUUUAUACCAUUAAAGCCAGAAGCAUAGGA